AUGACGCCGAUGGCGAGCCGCCUCCUCCCGGCUCCCCCAUUCGUCUCCAUCUCCGAUGUGCGCCACCUCCAGCUCCCCCUGCGCGGCCGCCACCGGCCUCGACUCUGCUGGAGAGGCGUGGAGUGGGGCUCCGUACAGACCCGGAUGGUCUCUUCUUUCGUUGGGAGCAGAACACGCCGCAGAAACGUUAUAUGUGCUUCCCUGUUUGGAGUUGGAGCUCCCGAAGCACUGGUCAUUGGAGUAGUCGCCUUGUUGGUGUUCGGCCCCAAGGGUCUGGCAGAGGUAGCCAGGAAUUUGGGGAAGACUUUGCGUGCUUUCCAACCAACCAUUAGAGAGAUACAGGAUGUAUCAAGGGAGUUCAGGAGCACUCUUGAACGAGAAAUCGGAAUUGAUGAGGUUUCCCAAUCGACGAAUUAUAGGCCCACAACCAUGAAUAACAACCAACAACCUGCUGCCGACCCAAAUGUCAAGCCUGAGCCUGCACCUUACACUAGCGAGGAACUCAUGAAAGUAACUGAAGAACAAAUUGCUGCAUCAGCUGCUGCUGCUUGGAAUCCGCCACAGCCUGCCACGUCGCAACAGCAAGAAGCAGCUUCCACUACUCCAAGUGAGGACGCUCCUACAUCAGGAGGAACCGAUGGUCCUGCUGCUCCUGCUCCUCCGGCUCUUGCUGUGAGUGACUCUGACACAAGCCAAGCGAAUCAGCCAGAGAAGGUGGACACAGAGAGAUGA